UCAACACGCGGAGAGGUGGCAGCCAGCUUAAAAUCAUCAAAAGAUAAGAAGUAAGUGUAGAGAAAUUCAGGAUUACGGAGAGAUACGAGCUAUGCGCUCUUCCCGCCUCUUGGACGUGUCGCGCUCGCCAGGGCGCGCUGUUCGAAAAUGCCAAUCGGUCCUUCCAUGCCGUUGCGCAUAGCUGACUAGUGCUUGUUAUUGUAAUGUAGGAAAGGCGUCUCGUUCCUCAGCCGACUUAUCCCAAACAAAAAGAAGGACCAGAUCUCCGAUUCCAAUGACAGCCAAUCCGAGCUGGACGAUGAACGCAUGGAUACGGAAGUCUUCGCGUAUCCGAUCGGAUUCAUUCCUCGAUUCCCACCGCCGCCCAAAUAUAUCAAAGUCAGACUGCAUAAUAAAAAGCAAAAGACUUUCGACCACGUCUUCGUGGCACAGGAACUGAAGGGGUUCGACGAGCCCAACGGUAGGUCAAAUCGAGGCGCAACGACCGAGCGGGCGAUCUGGACUCUUGAGUUCUCAAAGGACGGAAAAUAUCUGGCUGCUGCAGGUCAGGAUCGGAAGAUCAGGGUUUGGGCCGUCAUCGCGAAUUCUGAGGCCCGGCGUGACCAUGAAUUGGAUGAGGAAAAAGAAGAUGAGGGCGAGGGGCCGUCGUUGCGGUUGACUGCGCCAGUAUUCAAGUCGACACCCAUCCAGGAGUAUGAAGGACAUACAGGAAGCAUUUUGGAUCUGUGUUGGAGUAAAAACAACUUCCUGCUGUCUUCGUCAAUGGAUAAGACUGUCCGCUUGUGGCACGUCAGCAGGUCCGAAUGUCUCUGUUGUUUCAAGCAUUCAGAUUUCGUCACCUCAAUCAAAUUCCACCCACGCGACGAUCGAUUCUUCCUUGCUGGGUCCCUUGACUGUAAGCUGCGAUUAUGGUCCAUACCAGAUAAGAGCGUUGCUUUCUGGGCAACCGUUCCAGAAAUGAUCACUGCAGUCGCCUUCACGCCUGAUGGCAAGAGUUCGAUUGCAGGAUGCUUGAACGGUCUGUGUCUGCUAUAUGAUACCGAUGGUCUAAAAGCAAACGGACAGAUACACGUCCGUUCAGCGCGUGGGCGCAAUGCCAAGGGAAGCAAGAUUACAGGCAUCGAUACGAUUGUCCAGCCUCCCAACGACUCGAAUGGAGAGGUAAAGCUUCUUAUUACGAGCAAUGACUCCCGAAUUCGACUCUACAACUUCAAGGAUCGGACUCUGGAGGCAAAAUUCCGCGGAAACGAGAACAACUCCAGCCAAAUCCGUGCCUCCUUUAGCGACGACGGAAAAUACGUGAUAUGUGGCAGCGAGGACCGCAGGACCUACAUCUGGCCUACGGGUUGGAACGACAAGGAGACUGAUAAACGUGCUGUAGAAGUGUUUGAGACUCAAUCUUCCAUAGUAACGGCGGUGGUCAUGGCUCCUACAAAAACAAAACAGCUCCUCGGUCUCUCCGGCGACCCUAUCUACGAUCUAUGCAAUCCACCUCCCAUCACACUGGGACCUCAACCAGACUCGCGGAUAUCAUCCAGAUCAAAAACAGACAGCGGAGCACUCCGAGAUGACUUUGCUCCAGGAUCUGGAAAGACAGAAUCCUUGCAUACGACCAAGGCUCUGGAGUCUCCUACCUAUCUUUCUCGGUCGGCGCAUCCAGACGGGAAUAUCAUCGUUGCAGCCGACUAUUCGGGGAGGAUCAAGGUAUUCCGACAAGACUGUGCGUAUCAGAAACGGCGCAGUGAAUCGUGGGAGACGAACUCGACAUUUUCCCGGAAGAUACUGGGUCGCACGAAUUCGGCUCGCCACAGCAUUGCUUCCUCCAUCGGAAAGGAAUCCAAGACACCUUCUGAACGGAUCAUCUCCUGGCGUGAUUCCGUCAUCGGUACUGAGAUCUCUAGUAUCGACAAUCCGCGUAACGCUGGUGGUUUGCGGACCCGAAGCUCGUCUCCUCGGAAAGCCAUGGCGCAUUUGUCGCGCUACUCGAGCCCUAUCGCUGCCCCUACUGCAGUGGUUCCUGAGUCCCCAUCUGCAUCAGCGCAUUCGCCGCCACCUUCUGCACCAAAAUCUUCAAUGGACAGUCCGUCGUCGUCCACGAUGGAUGCAGCACGAAGUUUCCAUACCGCGGAGACCGACCCUUCCUCGCCGCAGCAUCCGGAGCGACCCCCAGAGGGUCCUUCUGUCUUGAUGGAUGGUACUCAGAGUCACGCGUAUUGGAAUAAGACCGCUCAAGCGGCGCAGGCAGCGAGCGCACGGAGGACAGCAAAUACGUUGGAUCCGCACUUCCUUUCCCCAGCGGCGAGACAGUACAGCGUGGCAAGCGCAUUGAGCAGCGAUUGCAGCUCAUUGACCGGGGAACAGGAGGAGGGCGAGAUCCUCCGAUGUACCGAUUGCAAGGGAACCAACUUCCGGGCCACGAGAACAAGAGAAGGGAAACCCAGAUUAAUCUGCGUCAAGUGCAACAAGCCUGCUACUUGAGAGUAAUGUCCUUUCUUCCUUUCUUUUCCUUCCUCCUUUCAUCGUACAUAUUUCUUUUCCUCCCUUAUUAUUCCUUUUAUUUGCAUUAUGUAUUACGGCAUAUAACGACGGAAUAAUACACCGCAUCCUUGGAGCGCCUCUUUUGGAGCGUUUUCUCGU